AUGCUGGUACCUGGACUGAAAGAGAACUUGCUCAGCAUGGGUCAAAUGAUAGAGCACGGCUACUAUUUGGUAUUUGGAAACCACAAGGUGGAAAUCUACAAUGACAGCUCUCUCUCAAAUAUGGUUGCAAAGGUACAAAUGAGAGGUAAUAGAAGCUUUCCCAUGAAACUGCAGGCUGAAAUACACUUAGCUUAUAAAGCAAGUGUAGAUCAUUCUACUGAACUUUGGCAUAGAAGGUUUGGACAUCUCAACAUGAGUAGUCUGAAAUUGUUGAAAGAACAAGAUAUGGUAGUAGGACUACCAAAAAUUAAAGGGAUUAAAGAGGUGUGUGAGGGGUGUGUUCUAGGCAAGCAGUGUAGAGAAGCAUUUCCAAGAGAGGCUACCACUAGAGCACUAACUCCACUAGAACUCAUUCACAGUGACAUCUGUGGUCCUAUGCAGACAGUUACCAAAGCUGGAAAUCGGUUCUUUCUCACUUUCAUAGACGAUUGCACAAGGAUGUGUUGGGUCUAUUUCUUAAGACACAAGUCUGAAGCUCUAACUGUGUUUAAGAAAUUCAAAGCCACUGUGGAAUUGCAAAGUGGUUAUAAACUGAAAAAGUUGAGAAGUGAUAGAGGGGGAGAAUACACUUCAGUGGAGUUUGACAGUUUCUGUGAAGAUGUAGGAAUUGAAAGACAGCUUACAACCCCAUACACACCACAGCAAAAUGGUGUGGCGGAGAGAAAAAAUAGAACUAUAGUAGAAAUGGCCAAGUGUUUGAUGUUGGAGAAGAAAAUUCCAUUUGAUUUUUGGGCUGAGGCAGUCAACAUAUCUGUGUAUAUUUUGAAUAGGUGUCCAACUAAAGCCUUGAGCAAAAAGACACCAUUCGAAGCCUAUAGUGGAAGGAAACCAGGGGUUAAGCAUCUAAAGGUAUUUGGCUCAUUGUGUUAUGCUCAUGUACCAAAACAACAAAGACAGAAAUUAGAUCUUGCAAGCAAGAGGUGUAUCUUCCUGGGGUAUGGCAGCUGUGAGAAAGGAUACAGGCUGUAUAAUAUUGAAACUGGGAAGAUGAUUGUGUCAAGAGAUGUCAUAUUUAGUGAGAACUUGUGUUGGGAUUGGAAUGCAAAGAAGGAAACUGGUGUGAACAUUCAGCUCACUAGAAUCCGAGAAGAAGAACAAGGAGAAGAAGGGAGUUCUUGUGAAUUUGAAGAACAAUUAGAAGUGAAUGAAGCGCCUAGCUUAAACACUGAAAACAGUGAUCAAGAAAGGGUCACAGGUCCGCAGGAUGUUGAUCAUACUCCUCUCAAAUACAAGAGCAUUGCAGAAAUUUAUGAAAAAUGCAAUAUGUGCAUUAUAGAACCAGAAAGUUUUGAAGAGGCAGCAACGGAUGACUCAUGGAAGAAAGCAAUGGAAGAUGAAAUCACUAUGAUUGAAAAGAACAAUACAUGGGAACUUGUGGAUAGACCAUUUGAUAAACCAAUCAUUGGAGUCAAAUGGGUCUAUAAAACAAAACUGAACCUAGAUGGAUCUGUGCAGAAGAAUAAGGCUCGGCUGGUUGCAAAGGGUUACUCUCAUAAGCCUGGAAUAGACUUCAAUGAGACCUUUGCACCAGUGGCUCAACUUGACACUGUGAGAGCUUUGGUAGCAUUGGCUGCACAGAAGAAUUGGAAGCUUUUCCAAUUAGAUGUGAAAUCCGCUUUUCUCAAUGGAGUACUAAGUGAAAAGGUGUAUGUGGAUCAACCAUCCGUCUUUGUGAUACAAGGAAGUGAAGAUAAGGUGUAUAGGCUUAAGAAGGCUUUGUAUGGUUUGAAGCAAGCUCCAAGAGCUUGGUACGAAGAGAUAAAUUCCUAUUUUACUAGAGCUGGUUUUCAUAGGAGCUUGAGUGAAGCUACUUUAUACACUAAGAGGUCUACAAGUGGUAUUCUUAUUGUGUCACUCUAUGUAGAUGAUAUUAUCUAUACAGGGAGCUCAAAGGAGAUGAUGCUUGAAUUUAAGAAUGAGAUGAUGAGACAAUAUGAGAUGACAGAUCUUGGAUUGCUUCAUCACUUUCUCGGCCUUGGGGUUUUACAAACUGACACUUGCAUUUUCUUGCAUCAUAAGAAAUAUGCAAAGACUUUGCUGGACAAGUUUGGACUCAAGGACUGCAAAUCGGUUGCAACACCAUUGGCAGUGAAUGAAAAGUUGUCUAAAGUGGAUGGGAGUGAUUUAGCAUAUGAGACUUUGUAUAGACAAAUGGUAGGAAGCUUGCUCUAUCUAACUACAACAAGACCGGACAUUAUGUUUACAGCUAGUCUUUUGGCCAGAUUCGUGCACAAUCCUACCAAGAAGCACAUGGGAACAUCAAAAAGGGUGCUAAGAUAUAUACAAGGUACUAUAAGCUAUGGCAUUGCUUAUGAGAAAGGAAAAGGAGCUGCGUUAAUUGGCUAUUGUGACAGCGAUUGGAGUGGUAGCGAAGAUGAUAUGCGAAGCACAUCAGGCUAUGCAUUUAACUUGGGGUCAGGAGUGUUUUCUUGGGCCUCAAUUAAGCAGAGCAGUGUGGCUCUCUCCACUGCAGAGGCAGAAUACAUGAGAAAAGCAGAAGCAACUACUCAAGCUGUUUGGCUCAGAUUUGUGCUAUCGGAUUUUGGUGAAGAACAGGUAGAACCAACUCAGUUGUUGUGUGACAACACUUCGGCUAUUGCUAUAUCAAAGAAUCCGGUUUAUCACCACAAAACCAGACACAUCAAUCGCAGGUUUCACUUCAUUCGAGAUGCUCUUCAAAAUGGUGAGAUCGAUUUGCUUUAUUGCAAAACUGAAGAACAGCUAGCAAGGGAUGGGUAUGAGUAUCUAAGAAAGGCUUUAGGUGUUAUCUCAGCACAACACUUAGAAGGGAGUGUUAGUUUAUAA